AUGCAGUCCGGCGAGCUCCUCCCCGGACCCUGGCCGUCCCUCGGCUCCAAACCCGCCGACGGCCGCGGCGGCUGGCGCGCCGCGCGCUUCGUCCUCGCGGUCGGGUUCCUGGAGCGAAUCGGGUUCUACGGCGUGCAGGGCAACCUGAUCAUGUACCUGACCGGGCCGCUCGGCAUGUCCACGGCGUCCGCGGCCGCAGGCGUCAACGCGUGGGCCGGGGCCGUGCAGGUGCUGCCGCUCGCCGGCGCGCUCGCCGCGGACUCGCGGCUCGGGCGCUACCGGGCGGUCCUGGCCGCCGGCGGGCUCUAUCUACUGAGCUUGGGCUUGCUGACGAUUUCAUCCAUGCUGCAAGGGCCUCAACCUCACGCCGCGGGGGGCUCCCCGUCUUCUACCAUGCUCGCCUUCUUCUACGUCGCGCUGUACCUGCUGGCUCUGGCGCAAGCCUUCCACAGGCCGUGCGUGGAGGCCCUCGGCGCGGACCAGUUCGCUCCGGGCGACGGCGGCGACCCGGGCGCGUCCGCGUCCCGAAGCUCCUACUUCAACUGGUUCCAUUUCUCCGUAUCGUGGGGCUACGCCAUCGCGACGGCGGGGCUGAGCUACGUCGAGGACAACGUCGGCUGGACCGCCGGGUUCGGCGCCUGCUGGGCCACGAUGGCGUUGUAUCUCGCAGUCUUCUUGCUUGGCACGCGGGCGUAUCGUGCCGAGAAACCCGUCGGCGUCAGAUCGUUCACUGAAUCCGUGCGGUCGUGGGGAGCCAGGGUGUUCCGUCGCCGUGACGCCACUGAUGCCGAACGGCUUCUUCUAGCUCAAGAACACGAGGAGGGCAAAGAACUCAUUGUGAAGCUGCUCCCGAUAUGGCUGACGAGCUUAAUCAUCGCCGCCAUCUUCUCGCAAGUCUACACAUUGUUCACCAAGCAGGGCAGCACGCUGGACAGGCGCCUCGGCGGCGCGACCACGGGCCUCGUCGUGCCGCCCGCGGCGCUGCAGUGCCUCAUGAGCGCCACCUUCGUCACCACGCUCCCGGUGUACGACCGCGUGCUGGUGCCCCUCGCCAGGCGCGCCACGGGGCACCACGCCGGCGUCACGACGCUCCAGCGCAUCGGCGCGGGCAUGGCCGUGUCCGGCGUCGCCAUGGCCGUCGCGGCGCUGGUGGAAGGCAGGCGGCUCCGCGUGGCCAGGGACGCGGGCCUGGUGGACCGGCCGGAUGUGGCGCUGCCGAUGAGCCUGUGGUGGGUGGUGCCGCAGUACGUGCUGCUCGGCGUCGCGGCCGUGCUGGCCCAGAUCGGGCUCGAGGAGUUCUUCUACGACCAGGUGCCCGACACGCUCCGCAGCGUCGGGCUCGCGAUGUGCCUGAGCAUAUUUGGCAUGGGGAGCUACGCUAGCAGCAUGCUCGUGUCAGCGGUCGAUUGGGUGACGAGGAGCAAGGGCGAGAGCUGGUUCUCCGAUAACCUGAACCGGGCGCGCCUCGACUACUUCUACUGGCUCCUGGCGGGGCUCGCCGCUCUCGAGGUGGCCGCGUUCUUACAUUUCGCAAGCAGAUAUGUCUACAGAAACGAAGUUUAGCGAUGAUCCUUGAAACUUCGAAAGUCGCAACGAUUUGCUUGCGGCAAAACUGUAUACAAUGUGCUAAGAAAGGGAAGGUAAAUAAACAAAGAUUUGCUAAA